GCUGGGCAUUUUCCCCGAAGAGAAUCAUAAAUCGCGCCGGGUUAACGCGAGAUUGGAGUAGGAGCUGUGAACGCCGAGCGCCGCCUGAACCCGCCCGAGUCGAUUCGGCUUGAGCGUUGCCUGAGCCGCGAUGGAUAAACCUUUCUAUCUAACAACUAGCUGGCAUUAUGUUCAGGCUGAUCCUGAGCUAGAAGCAAUUAGACAGAGAAGAAUGCAGGAGCUUAUGGCUCAAGGUGGGAUGCAGGGAAAUCAGCAUAACCCUGAACAGCAGAAAGCCCAGGAUGAAGCAAAGAGGGAGGCAGAUGAAAGACGGCAAAUGAUGCUUAGUCAAAUUUUGUCAUCUGAAGCACGAGAAAGGCUUGCUAGAAUUGCAUUGGUGAAGCCUGAGAAGGCCAGAGGUGUUGAAGAUGUUGUACUGCGUGCCGCUCAAAUGGGUCAGAUAGUUGAGAAGGUUUCUGAAGAGAGACUCAUAUCACUGCUGGAACAGAUUAACACCCAGACAACUAAGCAGACAAAAGUCACUAUCCAGAGGCGUCGUAAUGUCCUCGAGGAUGAUGAUUAGCGGAGAUCUGAAGAAUCGAGAGUAGUUCUUGCCUGUACCUUGUGAUUAAUUUGACUUCGAGACUUUUGCCUUACCUGUAAUGGUCUAGCCAGUUGUAUUUUAAAUACAUUCCUCCUGCAGUUUGAAUUGACUUCAAUACGGUGAAUACUAUAGAUGAGAUAUUCUCCGAACGUUUAAGGGAGGACAACAUAGAAGAGUGUAUAAUGGUCUUCGAAGUAAAGAAAGCUGUCUUACUAGGAUUAUGCAUUGCCUGUUGUGGAUUUGCAGGAUCAUCUGAGGUGGUCGUGUUGGGCACUUGGCAAUAAGUCAUAUUAUUAGGCUAGAUAUUUCUUUUGCAUGU